UCCUUUCGUUCUGCUGUGCUGCCAGUCCGAGAGCUGCUUCACACUCAUAUACAGAGGUAGAGAGAGAGAAGGCAGGGUCAGCAGACCUUCACCACCACAACUCAAGGCCUGAGUGGACAUGUUGUCUCUGUGCUGCGUUCUGGCCCUAUUGGUCUUGUCCUGUCCAGAGAUUUGUGGCACCAAUGCUGGAGUCAAGGUGAAACUAACUCAGAAGGGACUGGAGUAUGGCCGCCAGAUUGGGGUUACCACCCUGCUGGACCAAUUUAAAACCAUCAAGGUGCCAGACUUUAGUGGCUCAGAGGAAGUGUCUCCCAUUGGCAAAGUCUCCUACAGUCUGACAGGGAUUAAGGUCAUAAAUGUGGGGUUGCCACAGUCAGAGGUGGCUUUGGUCCCAGGCACUGGUGUCAGCCUGACCAUCAGUAAUGCCUACAUUAACCUGCAUGGUGACUGGAGAGUGAAAUACCUCGGGAUCAUAUCGGACAGCGGUUGUUUUGACUUGGUUGUGAGCGAACUGAGUAUCUCCACCACCGUUACCAUCCAGAGUGACGACACCGGCCACCCCGUGGUCAGCAGUGCCAACUGUGCAGCCAGCGCUGGCCAGGCCAGCGUCACGUUUCACGGGGGUGCCAGCUGGCUGUAUAAUCUGUUCAGUAGUUACAUCGAUGAUGCUUUGCGAAGUGUGCUACAGAGAAAGAUCUGCCCUCUGAUCUCUGAUGCCAUACAUAACCUUAAUCCUUACCUGAAAGCCCUAAAUGUUCUGGCCAAAGUUAACCAGUAUGCUGAAAUCGAAUAUUCCAUGGUGGAGUCGCCUGUCAUUUCCACAUCCAGCAUUGAUCUCAGUUUAAAGGGGGAGUUUUACAACAUUGGAGAGCACAAGGAACCCCUUUUUGCCCCGACACCAUUUUCACUGCCACCUGAUGAAAGCAACAUGCUGUAUAUGGGCAUCUCUGCCUUCACUGCCAACUCAGCAGGCUUUGUGUACAACAACGCAGGAGCACUGAGUCUCAGAAUCACAGAUGACAUGAUCCCCUCAAGUUCUCCAUUUCGACUGAACACCAAGACAUUUGGCACCUUCAUUCCUCAAAUAGCUAAGCAGUACCCUGACCUGAUGAUGGAGCUCCUGGUGAAGGCAGCGACAGCACCAACCGUCACGUUUACACCCAACAACUUAACGCUACAGGCUAACGCCACAAUCACUGCCUACGCCAUCCAGCCCAACACCACCCUCACAACCCUCUUCAACCUUAAUGUGGACGCGAGUGGUCAGAUUUAUGUGACUGGGGUCAAAGUGGCUGGAAAUCUGACCCUUAAUACAGUUAAUAUGACCUUAGGAGCAAGCUACAUAGGACCAUUUGAGGUGAAAUCACUUGACAGCAUCUUUCAGAUGGUCUUGAAAGCUGCUGUGAUAGCCGAGGUUAAUGAUCUCCUACAGCAAGGUUUUCCUCUGCCAGCCAUCGGAGAGCUGAAUCUGGUGAACACUCAACUGGUCAUUAUGAAGGACUACCUGUUGAUUGGGACGGACAUUCAUUUCACAGCAUGAAUGAGCGUCGACUGAUGUCUGCACACAUUCAACAGCUAACAGCCUGUUCCUUUCUUAAACAAAUUUUCCAGUGAGUGGAACAAACGUAAUUUACUAGCGAUAUCAGUCUCCUUACAGACAUAAUUUAAUGUGAUAUUAAAUGCACUUCCAUUGUGUGUUAAUUGAGGCCGUAUCACAGAUGAGAGGUCAGUUAACUGACCUAAUUUGAUGUACAGACAAUAAAUUUACUAUUGACACCAA